UCAGGUGCGGGAGGCUCAAGCCGGCCAAAAUGGGUGCCACCAGCUUUUUCCGUAGGGGUGUGACUGCCUUGGUAGGAUUGUUGCUCUUGUCUUUCGGCAGCUUGGCCACUAAGCAGACGGAGGAUCAAGCAGAACAGUUCUUUAGAAGUGGCCACACAAACAACUGGGCUGUUUUGGUGUGUACAUCCCGAUUCUGGUUUAAUUAUCGACAUGUUGCAAAUACUCUUUCUGUUUAUAGAAGUGUGAAGCGGCUAGGUAUUCCUGACAGUCACAUUGUUCUGAUGCUUGCAGAUGAUAUGGCCUGCAACCCCAGGAACCCCAAACCUGCCACAGUAUUUAGUCACAAGAAUAUGGAACUAAAUGUGUAUGGAGAUGAUGUGGAAGUAGAUUAUAGAAGUUAUGAGGUAACCGUGGAGAAUUUUUUACGGGUAUUAACUGGGAGGAUCCCACCUAGUACUCCUCGGUCAAAACGUCUUCUUUCUGAUGAUAGAAGCAAUAUUCUUAUUUAUAUGACAGGACAUGGUGGAAAUGGUUUCUUGAAAUUUCAAGAUUCUGAAGAAAUUACUAACAUAGAGCUUGCAGAUGCUUUUGAACAAAUGUGGCAGAAAAGACGCUACAACGAGCUACUGUUUAUUAUUGAUACUUGUCAAGGAGCAUCCAUGUAUGAGCGAUUUUAUUCUCCUAACAUAAUGGCUUUAGCUAGUAGCCAAGUGGGAGAAGAUUCACUCUCGCAUCAACCUGAUCCUGCAAUUGGAGUUCACCUUAUGGAUAGAUACACAUUUUAUGUCUUGGAAUUUUUGGAAGAAAUUAAUCCAGCUAGCCAAACUAAUAUGAAUGAUCUGUUUCAGGUGUGUCCAAAGAGUCUAUGUGUGUCUACUCCUGGACAUCGCACUGAUCUUUUUCAGAGGGAUCCUAAAAACGUCCUAAUAACGGAUUUCUUUGGAAGUGUACGGAAAGUGGAAAUUACAACAGAGACUAUUAGUUUGCAGCCGGAUUUAGGAAUCAUGGAAAGCAGCUCUAAGGAAGACUGGAUGGAUGACGAGAAACUAAUGGAACCCCUGAAAUAUGCUGAACAACUUCCUGUAGCUCAGAUAAUACACCAGAAACCGAAACCGAAAGACUGGCACCCUCCUGGGGGUUUUAUUCUGGGGUUGUGGGCACUCAUUAUCAUGGUUUUCUUCAAAACUUACGGGAUCAAGCACAUGAAGUUCAUUUUCUAGACGCGAUGUUCAAGGAAAACUGCAUGGAAGACUACAUACAACCUUGGAUAAAAAUUUCUGUCGUAUCUUUUAAAAAUGUAUUGCUCUUGUGUGAAUUGGCAAAGAGUAUAAGGAAACUAAGUUUGGUGAACUAUUAUUUUUUAACUUGAAGAAUAAUUAUUAAUGUAAGUGCUAAAUGGCAGUAAAUCUAUUUCUGUUUUUCCUUUGGUGUAUUAUUAAAAAGAUCAGAAUGUACUCAUUAACUCUUUUUGAAAAUAAGAAUUUCCUUUUUACCUCUUUUCAUUUGGAAAAGAAAAAAAAAUGUGAAGACAUUACGUUCUCACCAGCAGCAGAGGUAACUUCUGAUAGUGUUUUUGUGUAUGUUCUCCCAGUCUGUUUUUCCAUGUACUUAUUUUCUUUCUAAAAUAGAGGUUCUAUAAAACAUACCAUUUUGUAACCUCACUUUUCAUUUUAUAGCACGUUAUCAACCCUUCUCCUCUCCUUGGAUAUUCUUCAGGAACACAUUGGGAAAGGCUGCAGAGUACCUAUUUUAUGAAUGUACUGUAAUUUAUUUAAGUGUUCUUUUGUUGGACCACUUACCGUGUUCCUCAGAUUUUCCUUUCCUUCAUUAUUUACUGUGUGAAUAUUUUACUGUCAGUCACUAAUGGAAUUCUGUAGGUUUAAGUAUACAUAUGUAUGAAAAAUUAGCUUAUCUAUGGUACUGACAGUCUUUAAGACCUUAUUACUGUCUGUUUAUCUGGAAAACUUAGGACCUUUGGGAAUUUCACAUAUUGACUGCUCAAGAGAAACAGACCCUGUCCUUUUAUAUUUCUAAGCAUUCAUUCAUUCUCUGAUCCUCCAGAAUUGAUCACUUUUGCUUUAGUUUCCAUAGUCAAAGGGACAUUUUUUAAAUUAUGUUUAGGGUAAACCUUGCCCUCUGCUGGAUCCACAGGGUUAAAAAAAUUUAUUUACUUAUUUUUAGAGAGAGGGGAAGGGAGGGAGAGAACAUCAAUGUGUGGUUGCCUCUGAUGUGUCCCCUACUGGGGACCUGGCCUGCAACCCAGGCAUGUGCCCUGACUGGGAAUUGAACCAGCGAUCCUUUAGUUCCCAGGCUGGUGCUCAAUCCACUGAGCCACACCAGCCAGGGUGGAUCCACAGUUUUCCUGAGACGGUCCUCUAAAAUGGAUGGACUGGAUGGAAAAUUUAUGCUUUUUACAUCUAACUGAUAUAGCACGUAAGGCAGUCAGUCAAUAAGCCCAUUUCCUGGUCUCUGACAACAUGCAAGGGCUCAUUUUCACUUACCAGCCAUCUUUGUCCUGUCUCAUAACUGGAAACAGUGUUCAGAGUGUGCUUCACUAUCAGCUGCAGAUGUUUCUUCACAGGAGGGGGGGACCCCUGAAAUUUGCAUAUUUAUGCCCUAGGGGAUACCUUUUUGGAUUUUAUGUUUUAUCUAAGAACUUAGGUAUAAAUUUGUUCCAAGGCCUGUUGUAUAAUUGUAGGUAACAUUGAGAAGAUAAAUCUUCCUCUACAAUAAAGCCUUCUAAAAUUAAUAUUCCUUAGGAUUUGUUUUUCUUUUAGCAUUUAAUUUUUACUCUUUAAUUAUAUGUAAAAUGAUCAUACUUUUUACCAGCAGAGGCUUAACUGUGUCAUCUCCCAGGUUAGAACAAAUGGUAUUGAGGCUUUCUGCCAGCUCUGGAUCUUCAUUUUAAUUGAACUUUGGUACACUAAGAUAGAUGAAGGAAAAUUUUUUACCUGCUUAUAUGGAAAAGGAUCCUUCUGUACAUAAAUGAAAACAGACUUAAAGUCUAAUAGCUGCAGUAAUGCUGAGAGACAAAAAGGUUAACCAUCUCACCACGCAAACACACAAGGUCGCAAACACUAUGGUGGGGCGGAGCUACUUAGAGGGGUAAAGGAGAUACGACUGUUCUGGAACCAAAGUAACUCAGUUUGAAUAUAAUGAAACAUGCCCUGAUGGUAAAGACUGCUGGCAGAUAAAAGGGUUCCUCUCCUGAGGUUGUACAAGGUGCCCUUUCUAGUUAAAACCAAACUGGGAAAGUGGUACUGGAUAUAAUACACAGGAUUAAUUUUGCCCAGAUGUAGUUUCAAAGGAUGGGUCUGCCUCUUUCUGGUUCAUUAUUGAAUUCAGAAUAUAGUUAAAGUAACAAGCUUAAAUAUGUUCAAUGUUUAGCUCAUAACCAUAGUCUUUUUACAUAAAGUAUAUUCUGCCUUCAAUAAUGAGUACAUCUUCUGCAUAUAGUAAGUGGGUAAUAUUCUAAGUACAAUUAAAUGGCUUAGACUUUAAAUGAUAACAUAAAAGAACAUCCUUAAAUAUAUUCUACUUGAGUCACAAGGAGCUGAACAACCAAAAGGUCUUCUUUUCGUCUCUUUGUUGUGAGGAUCAGGUAAAUUAUGUUAUGACUAACUCCUCUGGUAUCUGUAGGUAUGUGGUGGUGUUAUUUUUCCCAUUUUUGCUCAGGAAGGUGUGAAGGGGGAAGGCAUUUGUGCCAGUGCCCCCUUCCUAUUGCACUGGUUACCCUUCUGAGCUGCUCAGUGUGAUUCUUGUCCCUUCAGUGGUCUUUCCCUCUCCCUCUGGUAUCCUCCAGGGAGAAAAGGAAUAUAGAAAAAUGGGUCCCAGCAGACAUGUCCUGACCUUUGUGGGGAGGGACAGGGUGUAUUGGUGCCAUUCUGCAAAGACAGCAAGCAUAAGUAAAAGAAACCAAAUGAUGUGGAUUUUAAAAUUAUGAAAGACAUUCAUUUGCAGUUUAUGAAAGGCAAAUGUAGUUUGGAUGCAAAGCUGAUUAAAUUGGAUCAAGGAAAAUUUGAAUUAAGUACAUAAAAUAAUACAUGCAUUUAUGGUUUCAAUUUUUAUAUAUCCUCAGCUAGUUGAAAAUGAUGAUUCCCACAACAAGCAUAACUCAGCUUGUUUCUGCUUACUGAGUGUUUUCUACUGUGGUAUAUGUGGGUAGCAUUCCUUCCAUUAUGUAUGUUGUAUAGCAGUUACAGUAACUGUGGGAAUCAUAAUUUGAAUUUUUGACUCAUGUGUUUCUGGAAUCUUUACAACAAAUGUUGCAUUAACAUAGAACUUUUUCAUUGAUUUUUACCAAAAUUAAAUCCAUCUGUAACAGAUACUGUUUUAACUUGCGAAAGAAAUAUUUUAUAAACAUAGCCCAAGGUAUGGCUAAAAUGAGAUCAGUUAUCCAUUUUUGCUCUAUGGAAUCAGCCUCGUUACCUCAUUGCCACGUCUCCCGCCCUAGGGCAUUUAUCGCACAGAAAGUGCCUCUUGUACCUCGUCCGUUGCCGCAUGUGUACCUGCUGCGUAAAUGUAAAGGUGUUUAUGUUCAUGGACAGUAUAUGUUGGGAGUAACUGGUCUUAUUUUUUCCUUUCAGUGCAAAAUCUUUACUCUUUUGGAAAUAUGCUAUGAAAUAUUUGGCUUAAUAUAACUGUAGACUUUUGAAUAAU